GUAAAAACGUGUAGUGCAGGAGGAGGGGUGGGAGAAGAAGAAGAAAUCAACUGGGGGCUGCCGGACGACAACCACUACGGCAAGGCAGUAGAGAUACGGCGUCUCCUCUUCUGACUUGGCCAGCGCAACGGCAGCUAGUUCAAUUGAACCAGAGCGCUUUAUAGAUAGAACAAAAAUAUAUACUGUAGAAAUCCAUCGAGAAACAACCGAGAAGACCUGCGGCUGCGGUGAAGAGAGAACUCAGUGGUGAAGAAGAGGGAAAAAUCACCAUGCUGGACCAUCUCGUCGGACUGCUGAAGCUGCGCGUGGUGAGGGGGGUGAACCUCGCCGUCCGCGACCUCCGAUCCAGCGAUCCCUACGUCGUCGUUCGCAUCGGCAAACAGAAAUUGAAGACACGGGUGGUAAAGAAGAGUGUCAAUCCGGAAUGGGACGACGAACUCACCCUCUCUAUCGAAGACCCUGCUGUUCCUAUUAGACUGGAAGUUUUUGACAAGGACACUUUCGUCGAUGAUACAAUGGGUAAUGCAGAGGUGGACAUCCGCCCAUUAGUCGAGAUUGUGAAGAUGAAACUCCAGGACGUUGCCGACAGAACCGUGGUAAAGAAACUGGUGCCCAACAGACAGAACUGCCUAGCCGAGGAGAGCUCGAUAUAUAUAUCGGAGGGGAAGGUGAAGCAAGACAUGGUUGUACGGCUGAGGAACGUAGAGAGCGGGGAAAUAGAGCUCCAGCUUCAGUGGAUCGACCUCCCUGGCUCUAAGGGUGUAUGAGUGGGGGGCGGCUAUGAGCUCUGCCUUGCCCUGCUGUUUUCGCGGAUCUCCAACUCUUUUUCUACUUGAAAAGAAGAACUAGUGGUUUGCGUGCGCUCGCUCGCGUAGAGCUGUCAGUUGUAUGUAAGAAGUUAUGAUUGCGUUGGCGUUUAGUAAAAUAUCGUCAGGGAGAUGUAUGUGCAUGAACAUCUGAGAAUCAAGACUAUAAAAAUGUGUACAAUGCAUGUACUAAAGGAGUGUUUGGUUUCUAUAGAUUAAUUUUUAGUCCCUA